CAGAUCAGUUGUGGACGGACGGAGUAUACCAACCUGCAUGCUUUUUUGUUGCUGCAAAUAACUAAAUGGAUAGCAAAGGAAUAUAACGAUACGAACUAACUAGAAGACCUUGAGCAGACAGAGGAAAAAGACAGAGGAAAAAGGAAGCUUUAAAAAAAAAAUCUGUGUUGCAAAACUGUGUCUUGUUGGAGAAAGGCUUGUUCUCUAUUCCGUGCAUGUUUACCUUGGAGAAGUGCAUUGGUGCUUUUAAUCGGACAGACGCGGUGUAGUUUCCAAGCGGAGCGGCAAGACAACACCAGAGGCAUGAUUUUGAGACUGGGCUCGGUUGUUGGCGUUGCUGCUUUCUGUUUACAUGCGUUAUUGUUGUGGUUUUAUGCAAAGGUGGCCGAGGGAACGGGUCAGUUCGAGUUGGAGAUCUUAUCCAUGAACAACCUGAACGGCGAGCUUCUUAACGGGCAGUGUUGUGACGGCUCCCGGGUCGCCGUGGAUCGGAAAUGCAGGAUGGAUGAGUGUGAUACGUAUUUUAAAGUGUGUUUGAAGGAAUACCAGUCGCGGGUGUCGGCUGCGGGACCUUGCAGCUUCGGGUCCGGAUCUACGCCCGUCCUGGGAGGGAAUGUAUUUUCUUUGAAGAGCUCUGCGAGGAAUGAAAGAUCCAGGAUAGUUUUGCCGUUCAGUUUUGCCUGGCCAAGGUCAUACACGUUGAUAGUGGAGCCUUGGACGCUAACAACGACACGAGUGGUGGUGAUGGUCAGGUGAUUGAGAAGGCGUCCCACAGUGGGAUGAUCAACCCCAGUCAUCAGUGGCAGAAGCUCAGCCACAACGGUCCUAUUGGUCAGUUUGACUAUCGGAUCCGGGUCAGCUGUGACGAGCACUACUAUGGCUUCGGAUGCAACAAGUUCUGCCGACCCCGAGAG